CAGUCGCUCGUGGCUGCAGAGGAUAGUGUUGCUGGUUGCUUAUUUUCUUCCUCGGGGGUGUCGUUUGUCACCUUGUCUCAGCGGAGGGAACAAACGGCUCUUUUCGGGUUGUUGGGUCCUUCCGUUAUUCUGAUUUUUUUUCGAUGAGGCCAAAUGAGGCUGUGGAGGUGCCCGCGUUGGCGGCGCGCCUGGAGGAGCUGAAGCGGCGAGCAGCCGAGUGCAUCGAGGCGUCGUCGGAGCGCCUGGCCGAGCUGAGCCGGGAGAUCUGGAGCCGGCCGGAGCUGGCCUACGAGGAGCGUCAUGCUCACGCCGCCAUGACUCGCUUCUUCGCCGGCUGCCCCUCGCCCACCUCGCCGGCGGCGGCGUGGUCGGUGCAGCGCAACUACAAGCUGGAGACGGCCUUCCGGGCGGACUGGCAGUGGGACGGGAUCCCCGGCGAAGCUGGCCAGGUGCUGCCUCCGAUCCGCGUGGGCUUCUUAUGCGAGUACGACGCCCUGCCCGGCAUCGGUCACGCCUGCGGCCACAACCUUAUCGCCGAGGUGGGCGCCGGGGCCGCCCUGGGCCUGAAGGGCGCCCUAGAGAACAUUCGCCAGAGCUCCGCUGCCGGACCCGCCCGACAGGCUCCUGCAGUCCAGGUCACGGUGCUCGGCACUCCCGCUGAGGAGGAUGGAGGAGGCAAGAUAGAGUUAAUCAAAGCUGGGGCUUUCGAUGAUCUAGAUGUUGUUUUCAUGGCUCAUCCCUCCCAAGAAGAUGCAGCCUAUUUGCCUGAUGUAGCAGAACAUGAUGUGACUGUGAAAUACUUUGGAAAAGCUGCUCAUGCUGCUGCUUACCCUUGGGAAGGAGUAAAUGCAUUAGAUGCUGCUGUUCUUGCAUACAACAAUCUGUCACUUUUAAGACAGCAAAUGAAACCAACCUGGAGAGUUCAUGGUAUAAUAAAGAAUGGUGGUGUGAAACCUAAUAUCAUCCCUUUUUAUGCUGAAUUAGAAUUUUACCUCCGUACUCCUUCAUUAAGGGAACUCUCCAUCCUGACAGAAAAAGCAGAAAACUGUUUUAAAGCUGCAGCUUUGGCUACAGGGUGUGAAGUGGAAUUAAAAAGUGGUCCAAAUGAAUACUUUAAUGUGCUUCCUAACAAGAGCCUGGAAAAGGCUUACAUAGAGAAUGGCAAGAAACUAGGCAUGGAUUUCAUCCAGGAUGAUAACUUGAAUGGGCUCUCAGGUUCUACUGACUUUGGAAAUGUUAGUUUUGUGAUUCCUGGGAUUCAUCCCUAUUUCUAUAUUGGCUCUGAUGCACUGAACCAUACAGAGGAGUACACAACAGCUGCAGGAUCAGAAGAUGCUCAGUUCUAUGCCCUGCGGACAGCUAAAGCUUUGGCAAUGACUGCCUUAGAUGUUAUUUUCAAGCCAGAUCUAAUGGAGAAAGCCAAAGAAGACUUCAGAAUAGUGAGACUGAAAGAGGAAGUAGACUUGAAUAGGUCUGAACACGGAAAAGGAUCUGGUCUUGGUAUUGGAGCAGCAUGUGCAUCACGGUGAAAGAAUGCAGGAAUGUUUAUGUGCAAGAAAGUCCAGAACUGCUGCACCUGGUUUCUAGAGAGUAUAACUGGAGAGAUAAGGACAUUAUGAGUGAUUCAACUAAAUAACCUCGGAGUACUUAAAAAAAUUUUUUUUUUAAUACUAGUAUCAUGUUACUGUCUCAGUUUGGAUGACAGAGCUACAUGAUUUCUCUGCAGUGAUUGAAAAUUGCUGAAUAUCUUAGUUUUGCAAACUUUUGCAAGAUGAUUUUUGAAUUGCUACUAUGAUGGUUAAAAAGGAUAGGUAGGUUGUUAUCUCUGCAGCAACUCCUGUGAGAGCUUGUUGCAUAUUAAGCUUACUACAUGCAAAACAAAAUGCAGUCAAUCAGAAUAAGAUCAUCUGUCAGUCAAAUAUUAGUGAUAUCUUCAAUCCACAUUCCAUUUGAAUCAAUAGUUAAACUUCUGCUGGUUUUAAUAGAUCUAUUGCAGUCUUUUUAUUAAUAACCAAUAGACCAAUAGAUUAAGUCUUGCAGCAAGUUUAUCAGGGCUUAAUGUAACUUCUGAUUGCCUCAGCUCACACAUGCAUAAAUAUUGUGUGUGUAUGCUUGUGGAAAAAGAAAGAGAAGGCAACAUUUUUGUAAAUCACUCCUAAUAACAAUUACGAAGACUUUGCAUGUUGAGUCACAGAUUUGCUUGUUGGAAUGUUUACAUCUUAGUAACACUAUCUAGCAGGUACCGGAAGACAAUGUUUGGGAUUUUUAACUGAAAUAUUGAUUUUUUUCCUGCUGUUCUUGAUAAUGCUGUAAGGAAAGAAGCAAUUUUCUUGUUAUCAACCUAAAGCUCUUUUCCUAAAUAUUGUACUGUGAAAAUUUGCAUUAAAUAGAAAUUGCAUGCAAAUUAAUAAUACACUGGUGUGAAAUUGAAUAUAUAUAACUGCACGAAAGUUAUACUUACUUUGCCUUUUUAAGAGUUGAUAAACUGAAGAAAGAAUUGUAAUAUUACUGUGGUGUAUUUUAAAUGCCUGAUAAGAUUUGGCUUCCUUCACUCAGUGAAGCUUAGCUUUUGCAAUCACUGUUCUUCUUUUCAGAAGAGGAGGGGAGGCUCAGGAAGGUUGCAUCUCUCUAUGAAGUAGAGUCAAUUUAUGAUAGUAGGGAACAGGAACCCUUCAGCAUCCAAACUGAUAACACGAGGGUCUCUUGAAGCUCUUGUUAUUUUAGUUGAUUGCUUAGUAAAGGCCUUGUAAGCUUUGCUUCUCAAAGUGUUCUUUCCUAAUAAAAGAAAUCUAAGUAGUUCACUGAGCUUGGAUGUUUCUGCUCAAAGCAGCUUGCCAUGUAAAUUGUUAUAUGAUCAAGAUGCCUGGAGGAGAAAAACACAUUAUAUUGAUUUGUUUCUUAGUUUCUGGAGAAUGCUGAAGAUUGCAGCAGGUGGCUUAAAACUGGCAAGAGCUCCUGUUCCUUCCUCAUGAGAUGCUAAAAUUGCAAACUUUAAAGUUACAAGGCUUAUUAGUUCUAAAUUGUUUUAUUUUCUGUAUUCUGUGACACAGGGCUGGGUGCUUUGGUAUCAACUGCUGGGUAUUAUGGACAACCAGCGCGAUAUUCAUAUCCUUAGUUGAUUCCUUAGUAAAUAUUUGGGAGAAAGAUUUGGCAAAUUCUUGUGUAGUAGCUCACCGUGGCAACAAGCAUAAUAACCCCUGCCUGCAACAUACCUUCCCAGUCUUCUCUCUCCAUCUGAACAAGAAAAGAAAUUGAAUUUACUGUGAAUUUCUGUGAAAUAUUAUGGAUAACUUGGCUGUACAUUUUGUCCAACAGUUUUCAGACAUGUUUUAAUAACUUAUUUAUUUGAUCAGGAAAUAUAUACACAAAUGCUUGAUGGUUAUUUGACAGAUCAAAAGUCUCAAAACUUGUUAUUGUCAUGAUACAAUACCUCUUGUUAAGUCUACAUGGACAGGACAAUAUACCAAGAUAAAUUAAUUCACCAGCAACUCAGUUUGCAAUUCACUUUAACAUGGAUGGUGGAUUUCUUUAAAGCUUGAAUUGGUCAGGAAAACUAAUUAUGUUUCCAGCUCUAAGAGCAAUUAGAUAGAUGACCAUGAAAGAUUUAGCCGCCUUAAUAGUGACCCACACUUGGGGAAAUUCUGUUCUAAUUGAUGUCUGCUAAGGCACAUCAUUACAAGCUUUGAAGCAAGCCCUGUUUAACCUGGCCUCAAAUUGUGUUGGGAUUAUAUCAGCCAUGAUGUUGAGUUUUUGGUGCUGUCUGGUUUUAAUCAUUCUUGUUUGUUGUGGUUCUUAACUUGUUUUGUCAUUUGAAUUAUUAUUACAUUGCAUUUUCAAAAGUUUUUUUUAGUUUAGGUUUAGGUUUUAGUUGUGUUAUAUGAUGCUUUGGGAGUAUAAGCCAGCAUAUAAAUCUUAAAUUAGAAAACAAAAGGUCCUGUUUAGACAACUUUAGCAAUGUAGAUUUUUCUCCAUGUGCCAUCUCUUUUGAAGGUGCUUCCAACGAGUGUAAAGACUAUUUACGUGCAGCGUUAACAUGCCAGCAGUCUGCAACUGGAGUUGCCUCUGGUAAGGAUGGUAGCAGCUUCACUGAGCAUCUACAUGCAUUACUGGUUUUCACAUAGCCAUGACAUACUGAAAUUGAGUGCCAGGGACAAUAUCAGAGGUGACUGAACCUUGAAAGAUAAUUUUUCUUUGUAGGACAAGAGAGUUUGGAGAUUGAGGAAAGUCUUAGUGAUUUUCUUAUUAGAAGGAACACAUUUGUCCCAUUGGUUUAUAAUCUCAAAAUGUAUUAGCUAACUGCUUAACCCCUGCCUGAGCUCUUUUUAUCAACAGCAAAUGCUUUUUUUCCCUGGAGAAAAUGGUACCAGAACUCUUUUAUUAUGUUUCCUUGGGAAUAGAUGGUAAUUAAAUUGGUAUAAAGAAUAUUUAAAAAGUGGACAAUCGUAAUGUGUGUUGUUGUUAGGUGCUGUCAAAUUUUCUUUGACUUAACAGCAACCCUAUGAAUAAGGCUGUAGCUUACAUUACAUUACAUGAAACACACUCAUUUGGCCGGUUAUAAUAUGUUCCAAAUCUACACCAUGUUUAUUGGCUUCAUUUACUUGGCUUUGUUCUUUGCUUUGUUGUAACUGUUGCAGAAUGCAAUCUGUGAAGCAGCCCUGAUACUUGGUUGGAUCAAACUGAUUAAGAAAUUCUGAUAAAGAACAUUGAGACACAAAGCAAAGGUAAUCAGCACACAAGAUCUUAAGAGAGUCAAAAAGAGAUUUAUCUGUUUAAAAAUCUUUCAUAUUCUGAUGAGAAUAUAAGUCUAGAGUCAAGUGAUGCUUUUUGUGAUACUAAUUCUUUCAAAAUUUUUUCUCAACCAGAUAGUCUGGAGAACACAAAUUAUUUGUGUCUCAUUCAAUCAAAGUCUUCUAGACAGAUUUCAGACUUCUUUCUCACCAAAUGUUAAAUGGCAAUCUCCAAUUUUCUGGCUACUGCUUAAGAUCUAGUAUUUGAGCCCAUUUGGGUGAAUUAGCUUCUUUAUGUAGUCCCUUUGCAAAAGAUACCUUCAGAUUUUCAGAUAUAACCUUUGUGCAGUUGGAGGAUUAUUUUUUAAUUCUUUCUGUGAAUGAUAAUACCUUUGAAGGUUAAAGUUUUUGAUGUGUUAAUGACAUUUUGAUAAUAAGGUCCAUGACAUUCCAUUCUGAUGCUUAAUAUAAAAGAUCUUGCUAUUCCAACAAUAAGGGUCAGAAUUCUAGCCAGCUCACAAAGGUAUAUUCUAGAUAUAGCAUCUCUUCAGGAAACACUAGAAGUCUGACAUGCAUAAAAAAGAUGGAUAGUAGGGCAGUUCUAUGCCCUAGGCACACACAAAUCAAGAUGUAUCUAUUAUAGCUGCUAAGAAAUGUGCUUUUAUCAAAGUGACAUUCCACAGGGAUCCAAGGGGGAGAUUUAUUUUUGCAACAGGGUGAUGAGUGGGUAAGCUUAUGAUGAGCAUCUAUACAGAGUUCCAGCAAGGGACACCAAAUAUUCCUUGGAAGUCAUCUUGUAAAGCUCGACAAUUACAGCAGGCUGAAGUGAUUCUGGGAGGUGAUUUACACAUGAGGGUUGAUGAAAGGCCAGACAGCUGUAGUAACAAAAACUGGGUCACUAGCAAAGUCAUUUGUAUCACAUAAUAUUUGGAAAAACUACAUAUACAAGAACUUUAUUUUAUGUUUAGCCAAAAACCAAAACUAUGCCCGGCCAAACUAUACUGGUCUCACAGAAUCUAGGGGAUCAAUUCUGAGCAUCCAGAUGGGGAUUACUGCAGUGACUGAACAUAAGCCAAUUGCAAUGGGUCUUUACCUAAUGAAGGAGCAUAACCAUUCACAUGCUGUUUUAGCUCCAGCCUGCUGGCUCAUUAGGAGGUAGUAAAAUGACCCAAGAAAGCUCAUUUUUCACUCUAGAAACUCACAUCAGACUAUCUUCUUAAUAUGGGGUAAGGUUAAUAUGAUGACUUACUUGAGGCUUACAUAUAGAAGAAGCAAGUACUCUUAAGAUGAUUGGCAGCCAAGCAAAUUUUCUUAACUGGUACAGCUAAAUGAAAGGUAGACUUUAAGAGGAUGAGGAGCUCCAAAGUAUAUAAAGCCAUACUAGGUAAGAAAUAUAAAAGCUUUGGAAAUAAGUAACACUAAUCUCUCUAGAUAAAAAAUACUAUGAGUUUGAAAGCAAACGUUCUAAACUUCUAGCCUGUACACUUAAAAACAACAUUGUGAGUAUAUUAGAUGGAUCAUGGACUUUGCAAAAUUUGUCCAAUCAUGUUAUUGAAACAUUUGCAGGAUUCUGCCUAAGGACCUGUAUGCCUCAAAAAAAAUGAAAACUCUUCUGCUAUGUCAACAUUUCUCAUCAAGGUGAAACCUAAAGCCCUUGCAACACAGGGAUCUAUUGAACCAGGCAUAUAAGAGGAGGAAAUUAAAACCAUUUUUAAACAUGCAGAGCAGAAGAUAGGCAUGCAUGGGUGCACUGAACAGUUUUACAAAGGGGGGAAAUCCUGAUACUUUACUGGAAAACCUUGUGUAAUCUCUAAAUCCUGGAAAGAAGCCAGGGUUGUCAUGAUGCUUAAACCAGGCAGAAUCCCUAAGGCUUUGGUAUAUUGAUCCAUUCUUCUGUCUGAAUCAAGGCACCAAACUUUCCCAUUUUCCUAAACAGAUUUAAUACAUUUAUAUCUGUAUUGAAAAAGGCCAAACAAAUACGUUCCUAACUCCACCAUAUAUUAAAUAUAAUGCCCAGCUGUACUAAACACAGAGCUCCAUCAGCCCUACCUGCCUUGGCUACUUUCAGAGCAUUUAACAACAUGAAAUGGACUUCUCUAAAAGAGGUGCCGGCAAGAAUUGCUGCAUUUCCUUGCACUUCUAUUUUGCAAAUGCAGUGGCCAAAACUUAAGGGUUUGGCUCCAGACCAUUAUUAUUAGCCAGGGGCAUGAGGCAAGGCUAUCACGACUCCUCCAUACUAUUUAACCUAGGUGGCAAAUGAUGGGAGGGCAAACCAGAGAUUGCAAGUCUGUAUGGACAGCAUCCUAUUUGAUCAAUAUAUUUGUAGAUGACAGCAGGGAUUUUAAAAAACCCUGAAUGUCCCUUUCCACCAUACAGCAGGAUUGCAAUCCGCUAUUCUAAGUCAGAAUUAUUUUGCCUUACUACCUUUCUAGAGGAGCACAAGCAGUUACAAAAACUGUCACAGCUGUAGUUGCAACCAAGCUGCUUUAGGUGCUUGGGAGUUACAGUGCUGAAAUUCCUUCAGCAGCAGCAGCAGCAGCAAAGGAAUUAUGUCCUUCCAGUAAGGGAACUGAGGCUAGAUCUUCAAACCUGGAACAAACUAAAUUUGUUUUGGGCAGAAUAGCAGAGCAUGGUUCUGCCCAACUUGUUCAAGACAUUAUCUGUUCCUAUUCUGGAAUGCUCCAUGGAAAGAAUGAUAAAAACUGAUGGAAGCUUUUGCACAUGUGGAGAAAGGGGAAAGAAUUCACAAACUAGGCCUUACGUAGAAAUACAAAAAAGGUUGCUUGGGAUUCCAGUAUUUAGAUCUUAAUUAUCACCCAGCUCAGAUACUUUACUUGAAUGUUCUAUGAGUCCAAAUGGAAGAUGCUCACGUAAUUCCCUCAAUGAGAGGUUUAGUAUUAAAGAAUGCUGAGCGAGCAGUUACAGGCAAUUAUUUUACUGCUUUUUGCAUUUGGAAACAAUGGGCAGAGCAUAUAGCCCCAUAUUCCUCUCCCCUGGUCCCUUUUUGUUAGAAACACAAGUAUUGCCAAUAGCCAUGGGAAGUCAAAGAACUAGCAAGAGCAUAAGACUCAAAGAGGCAGCUCAUCUUGGAGAAUGAUUGAUUAGCAAAGUUUAACGUAGGCUGCCAAGUCUUCAGAUUAGACUGUCAGCAGUCUGGCCAGGGUCAAAGACGGGUCUGAUGAAACCAUGUCAAGGACUCUGAUCAGCCUGGAAAGGGUGCUGUAAAAUUGACUAAGCUAACUGGGAUAGCUUGACCUUUUCUAAAAGAGGUGUUGGCAGCACACCCUUCAGGGCCAUCUCAGCCAAACUAAAAUAAGCAGUGUUCAAAAUGCUAUAUUGAUGGCAUUAUAGCCUGUUCAAGCUGCACCAUAUGGGCACCUUACCACUGCUUCAGUGCUGGAGAGGGUAUGGAGGUGUAGGAACUCUGUCCCAUAUGCUGGGAGUUGCCCUAAAGUUCAAACCUCCUGGGCUGCAGUUUCUGGGAUUAUAUCAGAUAUAAUACUAUGCAUUACUGUCUCUAAUACCCUCCCAGCACUCCAUAGUGGACAACGUCCAGGGUAAUUUAUUGCAUGGCGAGAUACUUCUGUUUUUGUUCAUGAAUGUCUACUUGGCAUUUGUGCAGCACUGGAAAGCAAGUUCUGAAUGUUAGAGGCCUUGCUUUGCAAAAUAUGAACAAUCACAUUCUCAGAUUAACUUGUCACAGUAGAGUGGUGUGAGAGACUGCAAAAUAUGACCAGUUCACCAAAAUCUGGUUUCCAUUUAACACUGUCAUAUAAAAAGGAAUAGUGGAUCAUAAAUCUCCGGCAGCCUAACGUCAUUCUAGAAAGAUUACUAAAGUACUAGAAGACAGAGGCUUUUAUAAGGGUUAAGCUCUGGACAUACACCAUCUUAAUGAACAUGAAAGAAAGACAAAUGGGAACACAGUUUUUGUAUGGUUGAUCUUUAAUAUGCUAGAUGUUAAUGAUACUGUAUUCACGAUAAACCUAUGUUUAAGAAGGAAAGUUUUUCUGAUAUGUCACUAAUUCCAUUAUUGUGCAAAUGAUGACAUAUUUUAAUAAUAUUCAGCCCUUUAUAGCUUUGUUAUCUAUCAGUAAGUUCUGCAAUGAAGUGAUACACCAGGCUGGACAAUUGUUUUGCCAAAGAAACCGCAUGUCAAGCCUAAAAUUUGAGAAAGUGCUACUUCAUGCAGACAAUAGGAAAUAAUUCUGGGAGGCUUUACCUCUGCUUGAGUCAGUUAGUACACAGGGAUGAGUUCUGCCAUUAGUGGCUCUUACACUAUUUGCUACAAAGUUGUAGGAUUUUAGAAUUUUGCUCUAAGAGCAAUGAUUUUGAAGCUUCUCUAAAUAAUGGAAAUACACAGUUGAUAGCAGUUUUUCUUGGAUCCAAAGGCAUUUUCACAAUAUUCCUUUUAGUCUGAAAGGUGGGUGCAAUGACAUACAUGCUUUUGAGUGUUUUGGCUCCUGUUGCUCUACAACAUCUGUAUGCUCUUGAAUCUACGUAUGAGUACACAGAUACCUGUAACACAGCAGGUUGGUAAAAAUGAAUGUAUGAAUAGCUUGAUGGCGACCGACUUGAAAAAGUGUAGCUAAAGUACAUGAAUAUCUUUCAAUAUACCUUUUCCCCCCUGAAGGCUUACCUUUGAAAUUAUCACAAAACAUUAUACCUUCAGAUAUUUACCAAAGGUUUGUUUAGGUGUUAAAACAGCUUGUGCCAUUUGUACCCAGAAUUUUUCAUUUGGAUAAACAAUUGAGCUAUACAGCAAGUUACUGGUGUGAAAUACUUUUAUUAAGCCUCUUUUUGAUGAACCACUGCUGAUCUGCUCUGAUGUUAAUUUUGUAUACUCUGUUUUACUGGUAUGCUACAUGCGGCUCUUUGCUGGAUUGUAAGAAUAAAAUCACUGACUUGAA